AUGUCGCGGCUCGCAGGCUGGCAGGUCCCCUACACCAACCUCAAUGAGGCACUGAUACCUGCUGUCACCUGCGACUGGGGAUAUGCAAGUGACAACCCUACGACACACCCUGAGUGCCCUGCCCCUGUGUCCCAAGUCCCCCACACCAACCUCACUGAGGCACUGAUACCCGCUGUCACCCGCGACUGGGGAUCUGCAAGUGACAACCCUACGACACAUCCUAAAUGUCCUGCAUCUGUGUCCCAGGUGUCGUACAUCAACCUCACUAAGGCACUGAUACCUGCUGUCACCUGCGACUGGGGAUCUUGCACUGCACCCAUGUCUCAAGCGUCCUACACCAACCCCAUUGAGGCACUGAUACCUGCCGUCACCUGCAACUGGGGAUCUGCAAGUGACAACCCUACGACACACCCCAAGUACCCUGCCCCUGUGUCCCAGGUCCCCUACACCAACCUCAAUGAGGCACUGAUACCUGCUGUCACCUGCGACUGGGGACCUGCAAGUGACAACCCCAAGACAUAUCCUAAGUUCCCUGCACCCGUGUCUCAAGUGCCCUACACCAACCUCACUGAGGCACUGAUAUCUGCUGUCACCUGCGACUGGAGAUCUGCAAGUCACAACCCUACGACGCUUCCAAGUGCCCUGCACCCGUGUCUCAAGUGCCCUACACCAACCUCACUGAGGCACUGA